AUGUACCAGGAAUUUGAGAAGUUGGUACCAGGAAUAGUUCCUGGCAACACUGUAAAUGUGCCGCCUGGUGCCGCCUUUGCGCUUUCGACAGGUCCAGGUUGUUUGGAGGAACAACAUACAAUGUCAGUGACAAAAAGUGCCAAAACUGGGUAUCCACAAAUUAUUCAUUUCUCUGGUCAAGAUGAUGAAAAUUGUAAGGAAGUUGUUAGUCAUGAUGUUAAAUUAGUUCCCAGUUCUGGAGAGCAUGAAUCGGGAAGUUCAAAAGUCAAACUGAGAAAUAUUGUAGACUUCAGCUGGGAACAUCGCUUUUAUACAGGGCAGCUUCUUGCUGUUCAUAUGGGUGGAAAGUAUGUGGCAUACGGCAUUAAAUCUGUAGGAAAAGGCAAUGGGGUUGUGAGAAUAGUCAAUAGAGUCACCAAUGAGCGUUCUCUGCUGAAAGGAAUGCAAGGAAUGAUUCAAGAUAUUGCGUUUGCUCAUAUCCCCCAGGAAGUUGUGUUAGCCUACGUCGAUGAAUUUGGAAGCCUCUUGGUGUACACAGUUCAAGAGUCAGAUAAUAAGAUACUAUGUACAUUAUUGCUUCAUGUAGAGCAUCGAAAGGAAGAAAUCAGUGGAUGCAUUACCCAUAGAGUAAUAUGGUGCCCUUUUAUACCUGAUGAAGAGGAAGAAACUUCUCAGGAUUCCUCUCCAUAUGAUGAUGUUGCAAAAUUACUAGUCCUUACUCGUGGUUGCAAGGCUGAACUGUGGAAUGUCAGUGUUGUGGUGGCUCGUCAUGGCAAUGGUCCUCUUGAACCUGAAAUUGUUGAGGAAGGUUUUCUGGAAGUUAAUGAACAUUCUCAACCCAUUGUAGAUGCAGCUUUUUCCCCUGACGGUGUAGCUCUAGCUACUGCGAGUUUGGAUGGUGAUAUUAAAUUUUUCCAAGUGUACAUGCAUACAGGAGAACGUCCACGUUGUUUGCAUCAUUGGCAGCCUCAUGGGGGGAAGCCUGUGUCAGCUUUGUUCUUUUUGGAUAAUCAUAAGUCUUAUAAUCCUCAUGUCCAGUUUUGGAAGUUUGCAAUCACUGGAGCUGAAAAUAACACAGAGUUAAAACUAUGGUCAUGUGAGUCUUGGUCUUGCUUACAAACAAUACGUUUCACACCAGAAAAUUCAAAAAAAAAUAUUGCACUUAAAGCAGGCCUUGAUCUUGGUGCAGGAUACCUUCUGCUCUCGGAUAUAUAUAAUAAGCUGUUAUAUAUUUUCCAGAUCUACAAAAAUUCUGAUGAAACCUGUGCCUACAUACAGUCUGUGUCUGAAUUUUCUCUGCCAUAUCCUAUUCUUAGUUUUGGCAUUGUAGAUGCAGGACUGCGUACAGUGAGAAGUUCAGGGUUUGAAGAGUUUUGCUCUGAAGAUGGUGAAGAAGAGCAGUUGCCCUCUGUGCAGGCUGUGGUUGUGAGAAUGUAUUUAGUUCAACCAAAAUCAUUGCAGGAGUGUCACAUUAGUUUCCAACCAUCUGGGUCCUCAGGAUCUAAUGUAGAGAAAUUAGGAACCUUGUCCAGCGAUUCAUUAUUGUUUAAGGAUGGUUUUUCUGAUCUGUCAAGAAGUAUAUUAGAUAAAUCAGAUGCAGAUGGGUCCAUUCAUGAAAUUGCAACUAACAGAAGUUCACAGUUAAACCUGAUGACUCCUGAUGCUUUCAACUCUCCAGCAAAGAAAGAAAGCCCUGGUGAAAUUCUCAGUCCUAAAAUCUCUCAUCACUCAGACAGUUCACCACAUGUACCACCUGUACUUGAAUCAACGUUGUCUGCAUCUCCCAGCUUGCUUACCAGUAUUGUAGCACCAUGUGAUGAUAACAUACAACUCUCAACACAUUCACCAGGGGCUACUCGGCCCCUGGCCACUUCUGAGCCCUUAGAACCUUCGAUUCAACGUGAAGGAUGUGCUAGCGGAGGAUCAAGUCCUAGUCGAGAAGUACAACAGAUACUUUCUCUCAAAGCAAGUUCAGACUACCUGCCUGACAACAUUGUAGAUGUCAUGGAUCCUGUUGUCCCUGCUCCACCUAAAGUUCCAUCACCUAAGGAAAGCCAUCAGUAUGGGUCUCUUUCCAAAGAGAAGGUGGAUGAAAAUGGCUGGCCUCACAUCCCACUGUCAUUGAUAAGUUCUUCUGGAGCACCUGGUGCAGACAAUGAUGCUCAAAGCUCUCACCUUCUGAAACAAAAUCAGCGAAUUGAAUCGACUCUAGCAUCAUUAACUGAGCAGAUAUCUGCUUUUGCUGAAGCCCAACAGCUGCAACAAACCCAAUUACAGGAAGUUCAUGCAGAUGUCCAACAAAUGCAACAGCAAGUUACUUCACUUGCUGCAGCUGAUGCAGCAUUUGUAUCACAUCUCGAUUCAGCACUUGCCCAACAACAAGUUUCCACUAGAACUGUGUUAGAUGGUCUUGCCCAUUCUUUUGAAGACACUGAGCAAAAGAAACAGGAUGUAAUACUCUCAGCUCUUCCCCAGAUGCUGGGAAAAGUGGUUACUUCAUCACUUCAAGAUCUUGUCGUAUCAGAGUUUAAGAACAAUCUUACACCAGCCGUAGUCGGAAGUAUAGAACCUUUAAAACGUCAGCUGCAUGUUGAAAUGACUCAGAAAUUAUCUGCUACUGAUCAUCUUCUUAAAGAAAACAUCACUAAAUUAGUGCAAAGCAAGUCUGUGCUGGAAGUUUUAAGUAACACAAUGGUGCUAGCUUUGCAACCUGCUAUGCAAGCUUGUUUUAAAGAUGUCUUUUCAUCUUUGGUGCUGCCUUCAUUUGAGAAAGCAUGUCAGAGUAUGUUCCAACAAAUCAAUGACACAUUUUCAAGGGGAACCCAAGAAUACCUACAAAACAUGGACUCUCAUUUUGAUAAACAAAGAAGACAACAUGAGAAGAGUAGAGAGCUCCUGAACCAGUUGCAGUCAAUGACAGAAGCAUUAAGAGCAAGUACGGACAUUGAGGUGAACCACAAUAAAAAGAGGACCAGAAAAGUUCUACAAGUUGAAAAACUGACUCAAUUAUUAGAAGCUUCUGAUAAGGACAGUGUGCCUGAUCUCAACUUCAGCAGUGAUGGUUCCGUAGCUGAUGACAAUUACGUAAAGUCUCUCAUUGAAGAUAGUGUCAUCACAGCUGUCAGGUCAAGAGCAGUUACUCCAGCACCACACAUUCUUGAUGCCCACUUACAGCAGACACAAGUGUUGCAGUUGAUUGCUCAAGGCCAAAUUAAUGCUGCCUUUCAGCAGGCAUUAUCAGCAUCUGAUUUAAAUCUAGUGGUGUUUGUUUGUGAAAAAGUGAACCCAGCCCAGGUGUUUAAUCAGUCCCCCUGUCCACUGCAGCAACACGUGCUACUUUCACUCAUCCAGCAGCUCUCAGCAGAUAUGACCAAUCACACAGAGCUAAAACAUAAGUACUUGGAAGAAGCAGUUAUGAAUCUUGAUCCAGGGAACAUCAUGACUCGGGAACAUCUUCCCUCUGUUAUUAGCAAUCUUCAGAGACAACUUGCUGCAUACAUGCAAAGUAAUCCUAACAACAAAAUUACUCGAAGCAUGCGAAUGCUGCACAUGGCAACGCAAUCAUUGUUAAAUUCAUGAAAAUAAGUACAUAAAGGAAGUACACAAGAUUUUACUCAUCAUGACUCUUCCUUGGUGUGCCAAGAACUGUUACCAUGACAAAUUUGAUUUGUAUUCUGACACCCGAAGUAGAAUUGUAUCCAUCAAAGGAAGUGUUCAUUCUUUGAGUAUUGCAUUAUUUCAAGAGAUAUUGCUAUUGAUCUGUCUUAUUUUGUUACCAAAAAAAAGUAUUAAUAGUUAAAAUGCCUGCAAUUGUAGGAGUUUAAUUUGUUAUGUUCCUUUACAUGGGUGAUAUCAACCCAAAGACUGAUGCCAUGGUAACAACAGCAAACUAACAUUAUGCUACUGUUUAAUAAUUGAAGUUUAUCUUUCAUCAUUUAUUGAUGAUUAAUAGUGCACUUAGUAGUUGACAAACAUUUUUAAAACAUUGUGUACAAUUGUAAAAAUUUUGUAAAAUACAUAUUUAUAUUAUCUGAUAUUGCCUUGCUUUAAUUUAACAACCUCCAAUUUCAAAUUGAUUUAUUAUUAUUAUUUUCCUCCCGAGGAAAAACUUCACUGUACCA